AUGGCAGAGAAUGGAAAAAAUUGUGACCAGAGACGUUUAGCAAUGAACAAGGAGCAACAUAAUGGAAACGUCACAGACCCUUCUUCAAUGAAUGAAAAGAAGAAGAGGGAUCGAGAAGAACGGCAGAAUAUUGUCCUAUGGAGACAGCCACUCAUUACCUUGCAGUAUUUUUUUCUGGAAAUCCUAGUAACCUUGAAGGAAUGGACCUCAAAAUUAUGGCAUCGUCAAAGCAUUGUGGUGUCUUUUUUACUGCUGCUUGCUGUGCUUAUAGCUACGUAUUGUGUUGAAGGAGCACAUCAACAGUAUGUGCAACAUAUAGAGAAACAUUUGCUUUUGUAUGCCUACUGGAUAGGCUUAGGAAUUUUGUCUUCUGUUGGGCUUGAAACAGGGCUGCGCAACUUUCUGCUUUAUUUGGGUCCACACAUAGCUUCUGUGAUGUUAGCUGCUUAUGAAUUGUGUAAUUCAGUUAAUUUCCCUGAACCACCCUACCCGGAUCAGAUUAUUUGUCAAGAUGAAGAGAAUAUUGAAGGAGCUAUUUCCUUGUGGAGCAUCAUCUCAAAAGUUAGGAUUGAGGCCUGCAUGUGGGGUGUUGGUACAGCAACUGGAGAGCUGCCUCCAUAUUUCAUGGCAAGAGCAGCUCGACUCUCAGGCGCUGAACUGGAUGAUGAAGAAUAUCAGGAAUUUGAAGUGAUGCUUGAACAUGCAGAGACUGCACAAAUCUUUGCCUCCUGGGCCGAACUGGCAGUUCAAAACAUAGUACAGAAGGUUGGCUUUUUUGGAAUUUUGGCAUGUGCUUUAAUUCCAAAUCCUUUGUUUGAUUUAGCUGGAAUAACUUGUGGACACUUUCUUGUACCUUUCUGGACCUUCUUUGGUGCAAACUUGAUUGAAAAAGCAAUAAUUAAAAUGCACAUUCAGAAAAUCUUCGUGAUAGUAACAUUCAGCAAACACAUAGUGGAACAGAUGGUGGCUUUCAUAGGUGCUGUCCCGGGCAUUGGUCCUUCUCUACAGAAGCCAUUCCAGGAAUACCUGGAAGUUCAGCGUCAAAAACUCCACCACAAAAGUGAAAUGGGAACCCCACAGGGAGAAAACUGGUUGUCCUGGAUGUUUGAGAAGUUGGUCAUUGUCAUGGUGUUUUACUUCAUCCUGUCCAUCAUUAACUCCAUGGCACAAAGUUAUGUAAAACGAAUCCAACAGCGGUUGAACUCAGAGGAAAAAAACUAA